AUGGCAUGCGAGCCAGCUUAUAACGCGGAUGGCUCUGGUUCGAAUCCUGGUGAAGCCGCUCUCAGCCGUCGAUCAGCACAAUCAGAUCGGUUGAAUGAAUCACAGCCGUCCAUCGCAACCUCCGUGCGGGCUCCUGUCUGUCCCCAUCACCGUGUGAGAUCAAUCCUCCUCCCUCUGCUCCUCUCCUCCCCUCUCUCCUCCCGCCGCUCCAAUUACGAUGGUGAAAUUGACGGUCUUGUUGGGAGUGGCAGUGCAGCGGAGGGUGGGGAUUGCAGCAGUGAAAGAUCCAACAGCUUUCAAUCAGGACAUAACAGCAUGCACCAUUCUGCUGCUGCUGCUGCUGCUGCUGCUGCUGCUGCUGCUGCUGCUGCUGCUGCUGCUGCUGCUCCUGCUCCUGCUGCCACUGCUGCCGCUGCUGCCGACGCCACCAGCAGCGCCAUACACUGGCCAUGCCUGGCAGCUGCUGGGAACCUUCCUUCCAUCGGGCUUGGGGAAGUUCACAAGUCUGGUGCCAUCGACUCUGCUUCCAUUCAACCUGUCAUGUGCAUUGAGUCAGCUUCAGCUGUGGCAUGUAAAGGGGCGUGUGCGCGAGUGUGCCUGCCUGCUGUGGUGCCAUGGCCGUUUCUCGGGGGGGAGGGGGAUGUGGGGGUGCAUUGGACAGAAGAUGGUGUGAGUCACAGCAGGGGCCAUGAAGCUAGUGGUCUUGAUACCGUUUCCUAUGAUGCCAUGCGGAAUGAUGAGCAGCAGCAUGAGGGCAAGGACGGCUCGGGAGUUGAUGCUGUGAGAGGUGAUGCUAUGGGUGUUGACGCCAUGCAAGCCUGGGAGCGAGAUCUGGCUGGGGAGGAGGUUCGGGAGCUGAGGAAGAGGAGCAAGAGGUUCGAUGAGUGGGUGUUUAUGGUUGUGCCUUGGAAUGGGGACGAUGGGGUUGGUGCUGGUGAUGGGAGUGUGGAGGGAAGGGGGAGGAGUGGGGCGGAGGGGAGGAGGGGGAGUGGGGAAGGAAGGGGGAGGGCUAUGGCGGAGAGGGAGACAGGUAGAGAGAGCAGAGGGCGAAAUAGGAGGGAGUGGAACGGGCAGCAGCAGCAGCAGCAGCAGCAGCAGCAGCAGCAGCAGGGGGGGGGGGUGAGGGGCGGAUGGGGGAGCGAGGAGGGAAGGGAAAGGAAGCGGUUGAGAGCAUUUUCCCUCAACACGCGCUUUUCCCUCCCCACGCUCUCCAUCUCCGACCUUGGAGUACCUCCCUCCUCCUCCCCUUCCACCUCCUCCCAUCCAUCUACCUCCUCCCAUCCAUCUACCUCCUCCCAUCCAUCUACCUCCUCCCAUCCAUCUACCUCCUCCCAUCCAUCUACCUCCUCCUCUCACUCCACCUCCUCCGCUCCCUCCGCGCCUCACCUUCCUCGAAAUACCUCCUCCAUCCCACGAGCCUCAUCUGCUGUUUUCUCAUCGGCAUCAGCAGGUGCAGCAGCAGCAUCAGCAGCAGGGGCUUCACCCCGAGACGUGGCUGCUGGAGCAUGCAGCAGCGCGGUGGGGCGUGGGGUGUGUGCCUCGCUUCCUGGUUCGGGCGGAGGCUCGGGCGGAGGCUCGGGAGGAGGUUCGGCAGGAGGUUCGGCGGGAGGCAUGGAUAGAGUUGCAGGAAGGCUUGGGGUGAUGGCAGCAGGAGGGCCAACGUGGACUUCUGUUCCUCUGGUUUGGAAGGGAGGAGCGAUCAAGGGGAGAGGAGAAGGGAGGCAGAGGGUUGGUAGGGAGAGUGAAGAGGAGCGUGGGAUGAAGAACACAAAAUUGGAGGGUGAAUGGGAUGGGGAUGAGGGAGAGAAAGGGUGGAGGGGAGAACAAGAUGGGAUGGGAGGGGAUGGAGAGUGGGAAGAGGAGGAAGGAGUGGAGAGGGUAGAAUCAGGGACAUGGGGUGACGAGGAAAAUACAGGGGUUUCUGAUAUGGAUGACAUGGACGAUCGAAUUGGUUGUGCUGGCGUGGAUGAUGCAGAUGCUGACGAGGGUGGUGGUGACGAUGAUGUGGAUGGUGCAGACAUGGAGGACGAUGGGGAGAUGAUGCAGGAAGCGAUUCUGGGAAGGGUCAAGACUGCGACUGUCCUGUCCCUGUAG